UUUUUUCAAUCUCUCUCCCCUUCUCUCUCUCCAUCCACCUCACUCUCUCUCUCUUUUUUCUCCGCUCUCCUUUCUCAAAAAAGCCAUGACGGCGAUCCCGCGAACCAUCCUCGCCUCCGCGCAAUCUUUCUAUUAUUUCUAAUUUAUUUUAUUAUUUUUUAUUUUUUUCCCUCCGUCUCCUCCACUUCCUCCGGUAGAUGUCCAAGGCGUUGGAUGAAGCUCUUUUCUCUCUUUUUUCCCCCCCUCCUCCUCUCCUCUGUCACACCGGCAUCUCCCCGAUGUGAUCCGCGCUGAACGCAGCCGCUGAACAGCCACCAUGUCUCGCCGCAAGCAAGGCAAACCGCAGCACCUCAGCAAACGGGAUUUCUCGCCGGCCGAGCCCCUCUCCAAGGCCGUGGUCUCGUCGGAGGAGCUGUCGGAGCGCUGCUCGGAGCUCUCUGAGGACAGCGGCAGCCUCAACGGGCACCAUCUAGCCCCCGGUGCGGGCCGGCUGGCCAGGCUGGGUCCCGACUCUCACCCGUCUUCGGAGCAGGACCUCCUGACCUGCGGUCAGUGCCAGGCCACUUUUCCCCUGGCAGACAUUUUGCUCUUCAUCGAGCACAAGAGGAAGCGAUGCCACGGGCCGCCCUGCCUCACGAUAGGCAGAGGGCUGGACAAGCCCCCCUCGCCCUCCCCCGGUUUGGCCCUCACCCCCUCACCCGCCCUGAACUCCCUGCGCGGCCGGAGGCCGGUCGAAGUCGGGGUUCAGGCGACGCUGGCAGACGAAGACGACGAGAGGUUCUCAACGCCUCGGGGAAUUUGCCCAAAACAGGAGCCCCUCCCAGGUAAGGAGGAGCCAACCACGUACACCUGCACAACAUGUAAGCAGUCGUAUGGGAGCGCCUGGUUCCUGCUGCAGCAUGCUCAGAACUCCCAUGGCUUUCGAAUCUACCUGGAAAGUGAGCACGGUAGUCCUCUCACCCCACGCAUGGGCGGGCCUUCUUCCCUUGGUGGUGGUGCCGACUGCCCCUCUCAGCCUCCUCUUCACGGCCUCCAUUUGCCGCCUGAUGCAAGCCCUUUCAACCUCCUCCGCAUCCCUGGCUCGGGCUCAGGGGGAAGGGACAGUGUUGGAGCAGGAGGAGCCAUUGGCUCAGCCAUUCCUGGGGGCCAUCAUCAGCGUUUUCCCCCAACACCGCCUCUUUUCAGCCCCCCUCCACGAAACCAUCUGGAUCCCCACCACCUGAGCCCAGAGGAGCUGGCGCUGGCCGCCCACCACCCGAGUGCCUUUGACAGGGUGCUGCGCCUUAAUCCUCCUCUGCCUCUAGACCCACCUCCGACAAUGGACUUCUCAAGGCGUCUAAGGGAACUGGCGGGUAACACCUCAGGAUCUACUCCCCCGCUAUCACCCAGCCGGCCAAGCCCCAUGCAGCGCUUACUGCAGCCAUUCCAGACGGGAGGAAACGGAGGUGCAGGGGGUGCAGGGGGUAGCAAACCACCAUAUCUUGCUACUCCACCACCACUACAAGGCUCGAUGCAGUCGCCUGUGGGCUCACAAACCACUCCUCCAGCCCCUCUCCCUGCAGCAGGACCAGCUUCUUCCUCCAGCACCCAGUUGAAAUCAAAGUGUUGUGAGUUUUGUGGCAAAGCCUUCAAGUUCCAGAGUAAUUUAAUUGUGCAUCGGCGCAGCCACACAGGAGAAAAGCCGUACAAAUGUCACUUGUGCGAUCACGCUUGCACACAGGCCAGCAAACUGAAACGACAUAUGAAGACGCACAUGCACAAAUCGUCCUCGCCAAAUACAGGCAAAUCAGAAGAUGGUCUAUCAUUAGCCUCGUCCCCAGAGCCUGGCACUAGUGAGCAUUUAGGCAGUGCAAGCAACGCCCUUAAAUCGGUGGUGGCCAAGCUGAAAAGCGAAAACGAUCGCAUGUUACGAGAAAAUGGAGAGGAGGAAGAAGAGGAAGAGGAGGAGGAAGAAGAAGAAGAGGAGGAGGAGGAAGAGGAGGAGGAAGAAGAGGAAGAAGGAGAGGAGGAGGAAGUGCAGAAUGGGGAAAGGCCACCAAAGCGAAACAACAGGUAUCACUUUGGACUGAACUUGGAAGCAGCUCGGCAGCAUGAAAACAGCAGCAGUAUUGGAAGUCGACUGGGCGGGGUGGCCGAUGAGGUGUCUAUCCCUCGCUCACUGCCAGAGGUCAUGCAGGGAAUGGGUCUGGCCGCCAGCAUGCAGCAUUUCAGUGAGGCCCUUAACGCACACAAGCGGAACGCCAUGGCCCAGAAGAACCACCUGCACCACCAUCUCAGCAGAGACCUUCACCACAGUCGGGACAUGUGUGAUGGAGACUCUGUGUUGGAGACAGAACGUGUACAGGAAGGCACUGUUUCGACUGUAAAUGGGCGAGGGGUGUCCCCUAAUGAAUCUUCUUCAAUCGGCCUCUCAAAGAAACUGCUUCUGGGCAGCCCCAGUCCACUUAGUCCCUUCUCAAAACGCAUAAAACUGGAGAAAGAAUUUGACCUACCUACUCCCACAAUCCCUAAUACGGAAAACGUCUACUCUCAAUGGCUGGCUGGCUACGCUGCCUCUCGACAACUCAAGGACCCCUUUCUCAACUUUGGGGAUUCCAGACAAUCGCCUUUUGCAUCAUCAUCCGAGCACUCGUCAGAGAAUGGCAGCCUGCGUUUCUCGACCCCUCCAGGAGAACUGGAUGGAGGAAUGUCAGGCCGCAGUGGGACAGGCAGCGGGGGCAGCACCCCCCACCUCGGGGGUCCUGGCAGACCCAGUUCCAAGGACGGACGCAGAAGUGACACUUGUGAAUUCUGUGGCAAGGUUUUCAAGAACUGCAGUAACCUGACAGUACACCGGCGCAGCCACACGGGAGAGAGACCUUACAAGUGUGAGCUGUGCAAUUAUGCGUGUGCCCAGAGCUCCAAACUUACUCGCCACAUGAAGACCCAUGGUCAGGUGGGCAAAGAUGUGUACAAGUGUGAAAUUUGUCAAAUGCCCUUCAGUGUUUACAGCACCUUGGAGAAACACAUGAAAAAAUGGCACAGUGACCGUCCCUUGAGUACCGAAAUAAAGUCAGAGUAGAAGGCAGAACAAUGAGACCUUUUUUCCCUCGCAACUGGGUCGCCAACAGUCAAGUGUUUAUUCCUUGCCCUCUUGUAGAUUUGCCCCAAUCCCAACACUCCCCUUUCACUGACCUGGUGGAAGCCUAAGACCAUGUGCUCUGCACCAGCACACCUUGUUUCCAUUACCCAUCGAAUGCAUGAUCUGUAUCGGGGCAAUACUCUUGCAUUGACGCAAAACUUCGAGCCUUUCUCUUGUGCAAUAAUUUACAUGUUGUGUACUAUUUCCUUUUAUUGAGUUUUCUUUUUUUUCUCCAUUUUUAAGACUUAGUCAGCAUGCAUAGUAUGUUUUUUGCUAAUCAAAAAAGAAAAGAAAAAAAAAAGAAAAGAAUUUGUCCCUGGUUGGUUAGUUGUUGAGUAAAUGUGUUGCUGUUUUUCUCUCAUUCAGUUAUUUUCUUUUUAUUCUUCAAAAAGAAAAAAAAAAGAAAUGAAAUAUACAUCCAUGCUGCAUACAUUCUGUAACACAUAUCAUGUACAGCUUUGUUUUGUAACAUGGAAAGUGAACAGUCUUUUACUUGACCCUCUUUUUACGACCCUGGAAAUGCACUUAUCCCGCUCUUUCUAAAAGAUGCCAUGUUCACACAGGGUUUAAAAGAAGAAGAAGAAGAAAAAAAAGAAUCAUGUGUUUGGCUCGACUACUAAACUGAAAAUGACGACAGCCCUGAAAUUUCUUUCAAAAAGACAAAAAGUGUGCUAAGAACUCAAUUUGUACUAUCAUUUGGAGGAAAAAGGAAGAGUGCCUUUGAUAUCUCAAAACUGCAUUGGCCAUAAUCUUAUCUGGUUUAAGUUUGGGGUCACACUAGAUGAAGCUAAACGAGUUAGAACACCCAGGAUGAGGUCCUUGAAUCAAGAACCUGAUGGCUCAAAUGGACAACUCAUGAUGAUCGGAAUCAUCAUUUAGCUACCUAUUACACAUAGGCUAUCUAUAGUUGGGAAUUUCAUGGCAAGCAUGGUACAAGCAGUAUUGUGUAUAUCUGAAUUAUUUGUAGUUUUGUUUUUGGUAUGGAGGAGCUUUUGAGAGAAAGGUAAUCUGUGAUGAGAUGUACAAUCCUGAACACGAGGGACGAGCAGCAGAGUGUCAGAUGUCUGCGUUAGCACAAACCUACAACGCUGCUUCAGCAUGUCAGUGUGUGGAACAAUGCAUAAAGUAAUAUUUGAGCUCAAAUUGAAGCUAACUUUACUUACGAGGGGUGGAAAAAAAAAAAAAAGAUACAAGCUAGACAGAUAGAAAGCUAAACAGAACUGGAAGCUAUGUACGCGUUACGGGAUCCGAGGCAAUGUUUUUCACUUUACAAUUCUAGAAUCAGAACAGGGUCAUCUGCAGAGAAACAGAGAUUUGCAAAAAAUAUAUGUGUUUUAGGGCUCUCGAGAAACGUUUUAAGGUUAAUCAAUAUGCAUACAGUGGCUCUCAAAAGUGUGCACAGUCCCGCUGAAAUGUCGGGCCUUUAGGAUUUUAAAAAAAAUGCGAACGCCAUAAUUUAAUUUACUGCUUUUCAACAUGUAAUGUGACAUUAAGCCUCUGAAUUGAAUUGAAUGAAUUUCAGCAUUCAGUCUUUGGUUGGAGUCUGCCAGCGCGCCAUAUCCACAGUCAACAUUUACAAACUUUACGUUGCACAAAGUCUUCAAACGUUUCAGAUUAUAAACCCUCUCCAGAUUUGUGAAAUUUAGCUCUGGAUUUUCAUUAAGUCAUUUUUUUUUUUGUUGAUUUGCAUGCUUGGACUUACUGUGAUGCUAAAAAUGAAUUAUCUCUUAAUCUUCACCCUUUUACCAGACACCUGAAGUGUUUGAGUCAACAUUGGCUGGCAUUCAGAACUGUUCGUAUUUAUGCUUCCCAGUGUUUUUUUUUUUGUUUUUUUUUUUUAGUAAUGUUAAGUGUUCAAUGUUUGGACCAUUCUCCAGCAAGCUUUUUGAAGACUUUAGCCAGGCCUGGAUGUUUUAUUUGAUAGAAAAGGGUUUUUUCUUCCCAACAACCCAACUCUUUACUCUAGACAUUUGGAGAAAAUGGUUGAUUUUUGUCACAUGCAGAACACAACCAGCACUUGGCAGAAAGAGUACUGCAGCUCCUUCAGUGUUGCUGUAGGCCUCGUGCCAGACUCCCUAGACCAAUUCUUAUCUUUUAUCUCCAUCCUUUUUUGGUGAAUGCUGCAGUUUUUGUAAUUUUCCUUUGUCCCCUAAUUUUUCAAAUUAACGAGGAGUGUCUUUACCCUGUUAUGGUGAGCAGAUACAGUACAAUCCUCUGGAUCCUAUUGGUCCACUCGGCUGAAUGAUGCAUUUGUACAAUGAGAUCCUUUUGAAGCCUUUGUCACAUCUCUACAAACUAUGGCUUUAGCCAAAGUAUAAAAAAUAAGAAAAUGUCAAAAAAAACUUAAACGGGGCCAGUUGAGCUUUUUCCCGCAGUUAAUCAGAUCCACUUAAAUAAUUUCCGGAUUGUACCUUAUAAGACAAGAAGCUGCUUCAACAAAGUUGAAGUUAAGUUUAAGGGCGUGCAAACAUAUGUUACCCGGUUGUUGAACCUUGUUCAUUUUAUACAUUUCCUCUCCAGACUUGUUUAUUUUUCAGUGGAACUGAAUGGGAUAUGUGUCACAUUAAAUGGCUUGUACUUGUACAUCAUAGGUGGAAAAAUAUUAAGGAAACAUUUUUCAGAAUGGCGGCGAUCACGAAAACCUGGCAUUUUGAGAGGGGUGCGCACACUUUUGAGAGGCGAUGUAGGUUAAUGCAGGGCGCGUUACUGUUUGAUUUGUUUCCUGUUGAUUUUUUUUUUUAAACCCAAAAGAGGUUUUCAUUUAAUCUGUGUCAUUCAUGCUGUUCAAUGUAAAAGCACUAAAUGUGCAUUGUCCCACAUCCAUGCAGAGACGGUACAUGGAUUGAGUCUACAAGCUGGAUUUGUUUGACAUGAAGUGCACUGUUUCAGUUUUCCCAGUUUACAAGUUUACACCGAAGGGGAAAAUCUUUGUAAUGCUGUCAGAUGAUGAAGAUCCUCUUGUUACAAGCAGUGAAAAAAACAAAACAAAAAAAAGACGCACAAAAUCUGUUGCUAACAGCUUCAUCAUCCCUGAACUCUGUAUCCUCGCUAUUUCACCCUUCACCGUUUGAUAACGCUGGACACCCAAGAACUUACUCUCAGCCUAACUAACCACUGCUCCUACACAGUAGCAAACUAAAUGCACUUCUUCUGGCUUAAUUAACACCCAGCUUCUUUAAACAAGUUGUGAUUUAUCAUCAUCUGAGCAAGUUGCUGCCUGCACAACAGACACUCCGAUCUUGUUGCUCACGCCACAAGACUCUGUUUUUGUGAAACUUGUCCUUCAGAAAUGGGCAUAAAAAGUUUUUUUUUUUUUUUUUUGCAAACUAAAUUACACUAUAUUUUACGGGGGGGAAAUGUUUGUUUCGUUACUGCAUCUUGAUGCUGUUCAACUCUCCCGUCACAGUAUAUAUGAGGUGAAACAUUUCAGAAAAUUUGAAAAAAAAAUAACAACAACUUUGUGUUUUCACUUUUUUUUCCUUUUUUUUUUUUUGCCUUGGUUCUUCACGGCUCUUCAGGUUGAAAUACAAUUUGCAUUGGGGAAAGGAUUAAGAUUAUAUAUGAAUAUAUAAUAAAGAACUUAAAAUAUAGGAAAAUGCACAGUCAUGUCGGUUCCUAUACUUAAACACAUUUAUGGUCUACUUUUUCUGUAUUUCUAGAAUUGUAUUUGAAUUCAAUGUUCACUUAGAGUAGGCACUAUAGUAUUUAUAUUGAGGCUCGUAUUUUUAACUGUUGCUUGUUCUCUCUAAAGGUAUUUGCCAUACCUGUUUUGGUAGUGGAAAAAAAAAAUCCCAAGCUGCCACGGUAUAUUUUUUUAAUUUGGCAGGAUAAUAUAGUGCGAAUUAUUUGUAUGUCUAAAGAAAUAAAAUAAAACGAUAAAAAAAAAAAUACAUCCCAUAAAAUAGCAGCUAAAGCGUGUGGCAUUGGGAGGCGUCGCAGGCCAUCAGAUGGCUGCUGCUUGGGUUCCUGCUGUCCACAGAGGUGUUUGUACAUAUCUUCUUCUUUUUUUUUUUUUUUUUUUUUUUUUUUUUUUGUUCGCACUUCUUAAUCCUCACUGCUGCCAUACCUGUAUGCAGUACUGAAAGCUGACGUUGGCCUGUUCUGUUGUGUGCUUCUGUCUCUCUCACCUCUCCCACCUGACAACAUUCCAACAUCAAGAUGAGAGGAAGAAAAAAAAAAUCUAAAGAUAAAAAAAAAAAAAAAACUUAAUAUGCAGUACAUGGAUUACUUUAAAAAAAAAAAAGGUUAAAAUAAAUACGUUUAAAAAGAGAUAAAAUGUUUUUGCAUUUUCUUUUCCAUUGCCAAAUACUAAAUGGUGCUUUAUAUUUAGAUUGGGUGAAUAUACUUUCAUAUGCAAAGCAUAUUUAAAAAUGACCAGGGGGAUGUGGAGUAGCCUGCUUCAGUUGAGACUUUUUUUUGUAAAUGGCAAUGCGGAAUAUUUUGUUAUCAGCCUUUUCUAUUCCUGUUCUGAGAGCUGUUUGUUGUAACUUGAACAUGAACUUUAUCUUUUACAAUGGGAGCUACUAUUUAUUAUUACCUAUACGCUCUGUUUUAAACAGAGACAUGGAAUGGAGUCAUAUGUUUUUAUUUUUGGUUUGUUUUUAUUUUAUUCUUUUGAUUUGGUUAUUCUAUAAUUUUAUUAUUAUGUUUUCUUUUCUAAUGGUGGCCAGUGGUCAUUGGACAAAACAAGCUCUAUGAUUUCUGUUGUACUUGUUUGGGGUCUCUGUUCAGUUGUAUUGGGAAUACCACUGUCUGUGUUUUCUGGCAGAUGUCUGCAUAAUCCUGUUCACAUGCCCAUUUUGUCCCUUUAUCGAAAAAUGAUUAAUAAAAAAAAUGAAAGUGUAA